AGGGAACGCCCGUGAGGGGGGCCGGGAUGGCCGGGGCCGUCAUGGCCGAGCAGGCGGGAGGCUUCGCAUAGGCUUCAGCAGCCGCUAGGCCACGUCGCCAUGGCGACGGCUCCACCACCUUCCCGGCGUGCCCCGCGCCAGCGCCAGGCGCGCCGUGACGUCACACCCCGGAAGCGUUGCUAUGGCGGCGGGCGCGCUCAGCGGCCUGGUCGCCGCGCUGGAGACCUACCGCGGCCGCGACCGGGUGGUGAGUGGCGGGGGCGGCCCGGUGGGGCCCUGCCCGGCCCCCUGCGGACGGGCCCUCACCGGGCUGUGCCUCCGCAGGUCCGUGCGCUCUGCUAUGGCUGUCAGCUGGCGGGGGGGGCGCUGGCCGGGCCGCAGGCCCCGCCGUCAGGGCUGCCCGGGAGCCUCCUGGCCGUGUCGGCCCAGCUGAACGCCUGCCGCACGGCCCUGCGCCUCUUCGACGACUUCGCCAUGCUCAGCUACAGCUGCAGCUACGGGCUGGGCCCCAAGGACGAGGACGGCCUGGUGCGGGGGCUGUCGGUGCUCUGCAACCUGGCCAACCAGCUCUACUACCCCUGCGAGCACGUCGCCUGGGCGGCUGACGCCGGCGUCCUCCGCGUCAGCUCUCAGAAGUGGUGGACUCUGAGCAUGGGGCUCUGGGCCUUCUCCCUGCUCCUGGGCAUCCUGCGAUCCCUGAGAAUCUUGUUCCAGUUAAGAAGAAAGCUGAGGCAGCACAAGGGGUAUGAUUUCCCUCCUUGGCUAUACAGCUAUUUUAACCCAAACGUAUCUGUUCUCAUUUGUGAGCUAUUGCCAAUUAUUAUUGAAUUAUGGGCCAUCAAUAAUAUUACACUUGCUUCCAGCAGUACAUCUUCGCCUCUGAGUCAAAAGGAAACGAAAGCCCAAGUGAAGGCUGAAGUUUUGAGCAUCCUCACAGACAUGGCAGAUCUCUCCAACGCAAUCCACUGGCUGCCUCCGGGCUUCCUUUGGGCUGGACGCUUUCCUCCAUGGCUAAGCAGCUUCACCACCAUGUCCGUCAGCAGCCACGAGAACCGGAAAUCCCGCUCGAGCUCCGGCUCCAUGAACAUCCACCUCUUCCACAAACCGGGCCACGCCGACAGCCUCCUCACCCACCUCAACCUGCUCCGCAAGCGGCACCUCUUCACCGACGUGGUGCUGCGGGCGGGCAACCAGGCCUUCCACUGCCACCGGGCCGUCCUGGCUUCCUGCAGCCGCUACUUCGAGGCAAUGUUCAGCGGGGGCCUGAAAGAGAGCAGAGACGCCGAAGUCAACUUCCACGACUCCCUGCACCCCGAGGUGCUGGAGCUGCUGCUGGACUACGCGUACUCCGCCCGGGUGCUGAUUAACGAGGAGAACGCAGAGUCCUUGCUGGAGGCCGGGGACAUGCUGCAGUUUCAGGACAUCCGGGAUGCUUCGGCCGACUUUCUGGAGAAGAAUCUCUACCCUGGGAACUGCUUGAACAUGCUGCUGCUGUCGGAUGCCCACUGCUGCGAGCGGCUGCUGGAGCUCUCCUGGAGGAUGGCGUUGGCCAACUUCACCUCGCUCUGCAAGACCGAGGACUUCCUCCGCCUGCCCAAAGACAAGCUGCUGGAGCUGGUGGAGAGUGAAGAGCUGGAGGUCGAGGAUGAGACGCUGGUCUACGAAGCUGUUAUAGGUUGGAUCCGGUACGAUUUGCCCCGACGCCAUGAAGUUCUGCCAGAGCUGCUGCGCUCUGUCCGCCUGGCCCUUCUGCCCGAGUCCUACCUGCGGAAGCAAGUGGCCUGCGAGAAGCUGGUGACCAGCCACAAGCUGGGGGAGGAGAUCGUGGCCGACGCCGUACGAUGCAAAAUGAAGAUCCUGCAAAACGAUGGCCUGGUGACGGGGUGCUGCGCCCGACCCCGCAAGGUCAGCCAGGCCCUGCUGCUGCUGGGGGGCCAGACCUUCAUGUGCGACAAGAUUUAUAUGCUGGAUCAUAAAACCCGCGAGAUCAUUCCUCGUGCCGACAUCCCAAGCCCUCGUAAAGAGUGCAGUGCCUGCGCCAUCGGCUGCAAAGUGUACAUCACCGGCGGCAAAGGCUCCGAGAACGGCGCUUCCAAAGACGUCUGGGUUUACGACACCCUCCACGACGAGUGGGCAAAAGCCGCUCCCAUGCUGGUGGCGCGGUUUGGCCACGGCUCCGCUGAGCUGGACCACUGUCUGUACGUGGUGGGGGGUCACACAGCAGUGAGCGGUGCCUUCCCGGCCUCUCCCUCCGUCUCUCUCAAGCAAGUCGAACACUACGACCCGCAGCUGGACAAAUGGUCCUUGGUGGCCCCUCUCCGAGAAGGCGUGAGCAACGCCGCCGUGGUGGGAGCCAAGAUGAAGCUGUUUGUUUUCGGCGGCACCAGCACCAACCAGGAGAAGCUGCCCAAGGUGCAGUGCUUCGAUCCCUGCCAGAACCGCUGGACGGUGCCCGUCAGCUGCCCCCAGCCCUGGCGGUACACGGCCGCCGCCGUGGUGGGCAGCCACAUCAUCGUCAUCGGGGGGGACACAGAGUUUUCCGCCAGCUCCGCUUACCGUUUCCACAGUGACACCUACCAGUGGUCCAAAUUCGGGGACGUCACCGCGAAGCGCAUCAGCUGCCGUGCUGUCACGUCGGGCAACAGACUGUACGUGGUGGGGGGCUACUGCGGGGCUCAGCGCUGCAAAACGCUGGACUGCUACGACCCAUCAUCUGACACCUGGAGCAGCGUCACGACGGUGCCUUAUUCCCUCAUCCCCACCGCCUUUGUCAGCACCUGGAAGUACCUGUCAGCCUGAGUCACGGUGUGACAAAGGAGGUAAAUAGUCAGGGAUCAGCCCAGAGCUCUUCUGUAUAACCUUGUGCUGCACAAGGGUUAAACCUUGAGGGGCUGACGCCCGUGAAUCCGGACUGCAGUUGUCCUGGAGCCUCCCGCGAACAUCAGCUCCAGAAACGCGCUUCCAGGCUGGUGGUUUGGGAUCGAAAACCCUGCGGGAGAGAGAACGCCUCUCUAGGUGCUGAAGUGCUGCGGGGAGAAGAUUAGUAUAAAUAACAAGAUGCUUAACCUGGCAUCCUAAGCCCUUCCCCUGAGCCCUGGCCUAUGCAAGGAUUUUGGGGAAUGCUCUCCGCGGGGAGGAUUGGGUGUCGUCCCCGGUGCAGAAGGCUCGUGGAGUGGAGGGUUGUGCGAAGGGGCUGGGGGGGGAUGGCACGGUGCCAGGGGGGAACGGGCUGCUUUUAGCCCAGCUGCCUCCUCCUGGUGCCACGGGGAAUCUGCUGGUGGCACCCAGAUGUCCUGUGGGACGCGAGGGCUGGGAGCUGGUGCCAGAACAAGAUUAUAGCUGGGAUUUAGUCCCAGAAUGGUUGGUAAUUGCAUUUGUAAGACAAACCCUGUCUACAUAUAAACACAGGGUUUCUCCGCUUCUAAUUAUUCUCUGGUGUCCCUUUCAUGCCGGUUCUUUCCUGCUACGCAGCCAUUAACUUUUUAAAAAUUUGCAACGGGAAUUAAACCUUUCUAAAGGCUCUUGGCAGAAAAGAUGCCAGUGAAUCACAGAUCCCUGCAGGUUUUUUUGUUUGCAAAAGACGCACUACCCCAGUGAACUUGUGAUAAAAUAUCCCGCGCUACCUAUAGAAAAUUCCGGGCUGUAGAGGGAAAUAGGCAGCCGUCAGCCCGGGAGAGCAGCGUUCGAGCGGUCUCGGCUUUGCCGCACGCCGGGCUCACAAGACUUUCUCCUGCGUUACAGGCUUCACAGCCCAUUUUGCCAGUGUCUCACUUCACCGAGGAUCCAGAGAGAAGACGCGGGCAGUAGCAGCGUCUGUGAGCUGUCCUGGACGCCAGCCCCUGCCCGGAGCUCGUGAGCGGCAGCAGGACGGCAACGCGGCUCCGGCUUCGAACCGCUUCCGUAAAUCCCCCUCGCUCGGACCAGGGAGGGGACAAGCACGGAGGGACCUCCUUGGGCUGGCAGCUUGUGCUGUCCCUUGAGACGGCAAAAGGUUUCCAAGUUUUCUCCUAACUCGUGUGAUCUCAGAGCGGGAACCAGAGGAAUAUUUUUUACUUCUUUCAUUUAGUAUUUUGGUUUAAGCGACAUUUACUAGAAGCUCCUAAGAAACUGGCAGCAGGCUGCGGAGCGCGCUGCUGUCUGCUGUGACUUGGAACGCGGGCAGCGCCAGAGGCGGCUGCCUGAAGUGUCUUAACAUGUGACAGUACGUGGUUAGCUGGCUGGUGCUGUACAUCUAUUUUAUUUUUUUUAUAUACAGCAGUUGUGUGUGUUAUUACUCAGCCUGGAGCUGCUUCAA